UCCACCUCCGCCAUCCGUCUAGACCGCAGAAUGGCUCCAUCACCUUGACAGGCUGACUUGUGAGAGAAAAUAGCUGUAUUUACCCAAACUUUAUUAAGACACUGACUUUUGUGGCUGCCCAUUCUGAAUGGAGCUACCAGUGCUCAGCAGUGGUGUGAACCUCGCUGCAUACAGACCCAGUCUUCCUCUGUCGGCAGCCAAUGGGAAGAAAACCCCAGCAGGGUUUGAUGAGUCUGGCUACUACCAGUGUUAUGGAGAUAGGAGUAGUGAAGCUACCCUUGGAUCUGCUCAAACUGGCUAUGAGACUCUUGAUGCUCCGCCACACUACGAUUUCUAUGCCAACACAGAGGUGUGGGGCCGGCGGAGGCGCUUCAGACCAUCUCUGUACCAGCUGCAUGCAGACUUUGAGAAAGACUCCAGACCUCCCAUGUAUGAGGAGACAACAGGUGGACACAUGGAAGGAGGAGACAGUUCUGAAGCUGACGAUGAGGAGCAUAAGGAGCCACCGCCUGAACCCACUCGCUUCGGCUGGGUGCAGGGAGUCAUGAUCCGCUGCAUGUUAAAUAUCUGGGGGGUGAUCUUGUACCUGAGGCUGCCUUGGAUCACUGCUCAAGCUGGUGUAGGUCUGACCUGGGUGAUUAUCCUGCUGUCCUCCUGUAUUACUGGGAUCACUGGUCUCUCCACCUCAGCAAUUGCUACCAAUGGAAAGGUCAAAGGAGGUGGAACCUACUUCCUGAUCAGCCGCAGUCUUGGUCCAGAGCUGGGUGGAUCCAUUGGUCUGAUUUUUGCUUUUGCUAAUGCUGUAGCUGUUGCCAUGCACACAGUGGGCUUUGCUGAGACUGUUACAGACCUCAUGCGAGAGCACGGAGCCUCCAUGGUGGACAGAACCAAUGACAUCCGAAUUAUUGGCAUCAUCACUGUCACAUGUCUACUUGGCAUCUCUAUGGCUGGCAUGGCGUGGGAGUCCAAGGCUCAAGUUCUGUUCUUCUUGGUCAUCAUGGUGUCUUUUGCCAGCUACAUUGUGGGAACAGCCAUCCCUGCCUCACCACAGAAACAAGCUAAGGGCUUCUUUAGCUACAAAGCUGAUAUUUUUGCUGCCAAUUUUGUGCCCAACUGGCGAGGACAAGAGGGCAGCUUCUUUGGCAUGUUCUCAAUUUUCUUCCCCUCUGCCACUGGCAUCCUGGCAGGAGCUAACAUCUCAGGAGAUCUGAAGAAUCCAACAGUGGCCAUCCCCAGAGGAACACUGAUGGCAAUAUUUUGGACCACCAUCUCUUACCUCAUCAUCACAGCUACAAUCGCAUCUUGUGUGGUCCGUGAUGCUUCUGGCCGGUUAAAUGACACCCUGUCACUGAGCUUCUCCAGCAACAACUGUGUUGGUUUACCUUGUCAGUAUGGAUGGGACUUCACUGAGUGCAUCAACAAUAAAACAUGCACCUACGGCAUCAGUAACUACUAUCAGUCGAUGAGUAUGGUGUCGGCCUUCGCCCCUCUCAUCACUGCUGGUAUAUUUGGAGCAACACUUUCCUCUGCUUUAGCCUGUCUGGUGUCUGCACCCAAAGUAUUUCAGUGUCUGUGCAAGGACAAACUCUACCCUCUAAUCGGCUUCUUUGGCAAAGGUUAUGGAAAGAAUGAUGAGCCGCUCAGAAGCUAUUUGCUGGCAUACAUCAUUGCUGUCUGCUUCAUUCUCAUCGCUGAGUUAAACACCAUCGCACCGAUCAUCUCCAACUUCUUCCUCUGCUCCUACGCUCUGAUCAACUUCAGCUGCUUCCAUGCCUCGAUCACCAACUCACCAGGUUGGCGUCCAUCCUUCAGGUUCUACAGUAAGUGGCUAUCAUUGCUUGGGACUGCCUGCUGUGUCGUCAUCAUGUUCCUGCUGAACUGGUGGGCAGCCCUCAUCGCUUUUGGCAUUGUCUUCCUUCUUCUGGGAUACACACUCUACAAGAAGCCUGCCGUAAACUGGGGCUCCUCAGUGCAGGCCAGCUCCUACAACAUUGCUCUGAGCCAGUGUGUAGGCCUCAACCACGUGGAGGACCAUGUUAAGAAUUACAGGCCUCAGUGUUUGGUGCUAACAGGUCCACCCAGCAGUCGUCCAGCUCUGGUGGAUCUCGUAAGCUGUUUCACAAAGAGACUCAGUCUCAUGAUGUGUAGUAAUGUGAUCACUGCUGAUCCCUUCCCAUCAGCAGUGGAUGAUGCUAACAGUGACAGUCAUGUAUCCUGGUUAAACCAAAGAAAGGUGAAGUCAUUCUACAGAGGAGUGGUGGCAUCAGAGCUACGAUCAGGAGUCAACAUGCUUUUACAGGGGGCAGGCUUGGGCCGCAUGAAGCCUAAUGUCCUGCUGAUGGGUUUUAAGUCAGACUGGCGCACUGACACACCUCAGGCUGCACACAGCUAUAUAGGAAUACUGCAUGAUGCCUUUGACCUUCAGUUUGGCGUGUGCGUGCUGAGAAUGAAGGAAGGACUCGAUGUCUCUUGUCCAUCCCAAUCACAUGUUAAUCCAGCCUUCAGUGCAGGACCAGAGAGCAUAAGCACCAUUUCUGCCCUUUCUAGUGUUCAGACAAGUACCACAUCUGCUGUUUCCAUUGAAGGGAGUUCUCAGCCUAAAACUGUGUUCCAGAAAAAACAAGGAAAAAAGACUAUCGAUGUUUACUGGCUGUCUGAUGACGGAGGUCUGACCCUGCUGCUGCCCUAUCUCCUGACUCGAAGGAAGCGUUGGGCUUCAUGUAAGGUCCGAGUGUUUGUUGGAGGAGAAUCAGACAAGAGGGAGGAGCAGAGACAAGAAGUUUUGGCUCUGAUCAAGAAGUUUCGCCUUGGUUUCCAUGAUGUUGAAGUGCUUCCUGAUAUCUACCAGAACCCUCAGGCUGGGAAUGUUCAUCAGUUUGAGAACAUGGUGGGUUGCUUCAGGCUGGAAUCAAACCCCAAACAGGACCCUGACUCUGGGACUCCCAGGCAUCAGGAGGAGCCAUGGAUGAUCACUGACCAGGAUAUGGAGAGGAACAAGGCCAAGUCUCUUCAUCAGAUCCACUUGAAUGAGGUUCUCCAGGAUUAUUCCAGAGAGGCAGCUCUGAUUGUUAUUACCAUGCCUGUGGGCAGGAGAGGGGUAUGUCCCAGUACGCUCUACCUGGCAUGGCUUGACUUCUUGUCACGUGACUUCAGACCUCCAGUCCUGAUGGUCAGAGGAAACCAGGAGAAUGUCCUGACCUUCUACUGCCAAUGAUAUGUCUCCUUUAGACAACUGUAGCGAUGUAGAUAAAUAACAUAUAGCAGGUUUAAACUUCAUACUCUCAUUUUUUAAUUUUUAAUCACAAUCUAACCCUGUGAUGAAUUUAUCAUUGCUGUAAUUGCCAUGUUUUAGCACCUUAAUCUAUCAUCUUUUCUUUUUCACAACCAUUGCAAAAGGGAAUUACUCCAGAAAGAUGCUUCGAAUUGAGACAUUUUUUAUUUAAGGGAGCAUUGUGUAUACAAUCAUUUUUAGGUUUCACAUUUUUUAUGUUGAUUAAAAGGUUUCUCUCCUUUUCUCCAUGCACAAUUACGGAACAAUUACACCUUAAAAAUGUUAAGCUUUGUGAUCCUUAGCUGGUAUGUUGAUAUGUAAUAGAAAGGAUUUACCUUGGUUUUAAUAUUAUUUUGGUUUUGGACAUGUUUAUUAACAAAUAAUGUUUAAUCAAACGAAAAUAACUGCUUUAUGACUGUUUUCUGUGUCUGAAAUUAAAGGGCAUUUGAGAUUUUGUCCUUGGGUCUCUAACAUGUUAGCUCCAUCUUAAUCUUUAAUCUAAAUGCUGAUUUGUAGCAGUGAGGCUCACAGUAUAAUCUGACCAUAAAAUUUAGUUUUGACUGACUGCCUGAACGACUGCAGUGAGUGACUCUACUUUCAGAGCCGUACAUACAGAGAUGUGCUGUGGGCGGGGUUUAGUUGUUCUCAAAGCUGUCUCUGCUGCAGUGGUUGCAUCUGAUGUAGCUUUAGCAUUGUGUCAGUUUUACUAGAACAGGAUCAAGUUUCUCUAUGAAAAAUUUUCAUUAUGUAAAAGAUGUUUUCAUUCUUCUGCCAGCCAGCUUAGGCAUGAGUGUGUGAUAGUUACAGGGGAAAGGGUUUCUUUUGGUAUGAAGGCUGCUAGUGGAGUGAAUAGCUCAGACUUUGCCACGCAGCUUGUCUUGGAUGUUUAUGCACCUCUCCUGAGCAGCCUUGGCAUCAAUUUUAUUCAACGAGAAGCUCUGCCAUAAACACGGCAGCGGUGGCCUCCCUGCAUGCACAGUACGUCAAUUUCUCUUGUCUGAUUGGCCCGUCAUGGAUGUGACAGACAGAACAUUCCUCCAACUACCUUCCAAGAAUUAUUUUAAAAGCCCUGCCUUUUCCACACGCUUUCUAUGGGAGUUUUCCCAGAUGAGUGUGAAAUAUAUCCAUGCCAUGGAUAUCUGAGACCGUCUCUGGCAUGUCAGGUUGGCUGUUUGCUGCAGACAGGACUUUAUGUUUUAAAUCACUCUAUACUAGUCACACAAGUUCAGUCAGGCAUUUCAGUGACAUCCCAGAGAGUUGCAGUCGGCCAUAAACUAGUCUUGUUGAUUGAACACCUGAUUUGUAAGUUGGUGUAUGAUUUUAUUUUGCGCAUUUGCUGUGUUUCCCUUUUUGCUUGUGAAAAUAAAUCUGAUUUAACUCAUGUA